AUGUGAAUCGUCACCAUGGACGCCGAGAUGGAGUUUAAUUGCGAGAUGAAGUGGAAAGGGAAGGGCCUAUUUGAUUUAGUGUGCCAGACCGUGGGGCUUCGGGAAUCCUGGUUCUUUGGACUGCAGUACACAAUCAAGGACACCGUGGCCUGGCUCAAAAUGGACAAGAAGGUGCUGGAUCGUGAUGUUUCAAAGGAAGAGCCAGUCACCUUUCACUUCCUCGCCAAAUUUUAUCCUGAGAAUGCCGAGCAGGAGCUGAUUGAGGAGAUCACACAACAUUUAUUCUUCUGGCAGGUAAAGAAGAUUUUAGAUGAAAAGAUCUGCUGCCCUCCCGAGGCUUCUGUGCUCCUGGCUUCUUACGCCGUCCAGGCUAAGUACGAUGACUACGACCUGUCUGUUCACAAGCAGGGAUUUUGGGCCCAAGAGGAAUUGCUUCCCAAAAGGGUAAUAAAUCUGUAUCAAAUGACUCCAGAAAUGUGGGAGGAGAGGAUUACAACCUGGUACGCAGAACACCGAGGCCGAGCCAGGGAUGAAACUGAAAUGGAAUAUUUGAAGGUAGCUCAGGACCUGGAGAUGUAUGGCGUGAACUACUUUGCAAUCCAGAAUAAAAAGGGCACAGAGCUGCUUGGAGUGGAUGCUCUGGGGCUUCACAUCUAUGACCCUGAGAACAGGCUGACCCCCAAGAUCUCCUUCCCGUGGAAUGAAAUCCGAAACAUCUCAUACAGUGAAUUGGAUAAGAAAAUUGAUGUCUUCAAGUUUAACUUCUCAAAGCUUCGUGUUAAUAAACUGAUUCUUCAGCUGUGUAUCGGGAACCAUGACCUUUUCGUGAGGAGAAGGAAGGCCGAUUCUUUGGAAGUUCAGCAGAUGAAAGCCCAGGGAGGAGAAAGCUCGUAAGAGAUGGAGCAGCAGCGCCUUGCUCGAGAGAAGCAGAUGAGGGAGGAGGCUGAACGCACGAGGGACAAGUUGGAGAGGAGGCUGUUGCAGAUGAAAGAAUAAGCGACAAUGGCCAACGAAGCACUCAUGCGGUCUGAGGAGACGGCUGACCUGUUGGUGGAAAAGGCCCAAAUCACUGAGGAGGAGCCAAAACUCAUGGCACAGACGGCCGCAGAGACUGAACAGGAAAUGCAAUGCAUCAAGGCCACGGCCAUUCGGACGGAGGAAGAGAAACGCCUGAUGGAACAGAAGGUGCUAGAAGCUGAGGUGCUGGCACUGAAGAUGGCUGAGGAGUCAGAGAGGAGGGCCGAGGAGGCUGAUCAGCUGAAGCAGGACGUGUACAAAGCUCGCGAAGAGCCAAGCAAAAGUCCUGGAAUCACCCCCAAGCCCACAUACCCAUCCGUGAACCCAAUUCCAGCAUCUUUGCCUCCUGACAUACCAAACUUCAACCUCAUUGGCGACAGCCUGUCGUUCGACUUCAAGGAUACUGACAUGAAGCGGCUUUCCGUGGAGAUAGAGAAAGAGAAAGUGGAGAAGAGGAAGCAUCUGCAGGAGCAGCUCAAUAAACUCAAGACUGAGAUUGAGGCCCUGAAACUGAAAGAGAGGGAGACGGCCUUGGAUAUUCUGCAUAACGAGAACUCCGACGGGGUUGGCACCAGCAGCAAGCACAAUACCAUUAAAAAGCUUCAAGCCCAAGGCAGAAGACCUAUCUGCAUUUGAGCCCUCAAACUCACCUUGCAGAGCGCCAAAUCCCAAGUGGCCUUCUUUGAAGAGCUCUAGCAGGUGACUCAGCCACCCCUGGAUCUGCCACUUCUG